AUUGUGUACGCUUAAGUCAUGUGCUAAUUAAAAUAUUAACUAUGAAUAUAAAUUGAUGUUUGAAGAGUUUUGAAGUGUUCCUAAAAAACGAUACUUUUUGCGAAUUUAGGGUGGAAUCGAAGCACAGGAGCUCUCUGAAGCGGGGUUCCGGGUUCAACUCCUGCUGCCGGCCACUGCGUCACCAUGCUGUCCUGCGCCGCAGUCCUGCUGCUCGCGGCCUUCACCGCCGCGGAGGGGUUCACACAGCCCCGGUCUACUUUCUCUGUGGACGCCGACGGCUACAUAGAGGCACUGCUGACCGCCGCCGGCGACGCAAUCAAGGCGGGAAACGUAUCCGUCACGUACAAAGAGUACGUCGUGGAGUUCAGGCACAAGAAGCACAGUUACGUGCUGGAGCUGCCGCAGAUAGGCCUGAGCUCCUCGUUCCCAGUCGUGUCGGUGCACGGCGACGUGUUGUGGUGGGGCGACUCCAGCGUCUUUCACGUCUACGCAGAUGCCCUCCUGGGGAACCACACGGUUUAUUACAAGGGCAGAGUUGGGGUACCUGGAAACCUGACAUCGAUUACCAUCAACAUUACCAAGACCGACUACACGAUGUCUACGUACAAGAAGUUUGUACAAAGUGGAAGUGCGUAUGAUCUCAAGGUGCACAUCCUUGAUGCGAAACGCUUUGGGCAUCAGCACUACAACAUAUCCAUUCCAAACGGCUCUGAAGACCUGGUGAAACGCGUGAGACACGUCAUUGAAGAGUACAACUUGAAACGAAACAGAGACUACAGUCUUACCGCGCUCACAGACUAUGUGCUGGCAGUCAUGGAUGAUGUGGAUAUAGGCAAGUUCGUUACGUCCGGCUAAAGCUAACUGAAGAAAGGUGUGGGCCAAAACACGCAAUUUUAAUGGAUUUUGAAACUAAAUAUGUUUACGUCAAUUACAUAUUUUUUUAAAAAAUUCAAUUUUUAGUGACAUAUGUUAAAAUUAUAACUUUUUAAAAAAACAUUGAAAUAUUUUUUUUUGACCAUAUGUAAUCGAACUUUGGCUAAUGUAAUUUUCAUUCCAAAUAGUGAAUAAAUUAUGUAACUGCAUCAUUA